AUGACCGAACAGCCUCCAGUGGACAUCGGGCCGGACGGUAUUACAGAGCCUGCCGCAGCCUCUCAGCCUUCUUCGGCUGAUCCACAACUUCCCCAAACUCAACAUUCCGACACAAACAAGCAGUCCUCAACGCAGAGUUAUAGGCUCUCACCUCAGACAGAAGAUGGCAUCAAAGCUGCGGUCACAGCCGCUAUACCGGCUCAGAAUCUUGAUCCUAUACGAUGGAUGAUCUACAAGAGUAUGUUACGAGGGACCUCGCUCACCCUUUGUAUCUUAAUUGUCGUUGGCGAAUUGCUUGUCGCGAUUCUCAGCUGGGACCGUGGCGUCAUUGACACGGCCACCGGUAUCCCCUCAAAGGCUGUUUUGCUGGGGAUCUGGGAUACAUGGCGUAUUGUGCAGUUGCGCCGAGGGCGAGGGCCUGAAUCUUUUUCGAAGAUGCUCAUGGUCGGCGAGGGCCUUGCAAUGGUCACCGGCCUCGCCCUGUGCUUCGGUCUCGCCUACGCCGUCAGUAUCAACCCAUGGUAUGGCCUGGGAGCGCGCUACGGCAUCCUGAUGAUUGGAGUCAUCAUUGUAACGUGCAUUCACAUUACACUGUUCUCGCGUUUCUGUUCCGAGAAGAUUCGGGGCACUGAUCUUUACGGCGACGGAAGCAUCGACUUGCCUAAUUACUCAGACCAGCCUCAGGCACAACCGGCCCAGAUCAUAGUCCAAUACGUACAUACUUGUUCAAAAUGCGGGAAUCAUACGGAGCCCAAGCCAGGAGAGGCUCUGAAUGAGGUGUUGGCUGCACGAGGCGAAAUGCAGCCUCAAAACUUCUCACCUGCUGAGUUUCGACAUAUCCACUAA